CCUUAAUUCCCGGCUCCAUCGCUCGGGCCUCUCUCCUGGCCCCUUCCCCCGCGCACAGAUGGAGAAACUCCGUGCCAGUCAGGGGGUUGCUGCCGCGCCAUUGGUUGGCUGGCCGAAGGGGGCGGGCAUGCAGAGGCUCCCGGAAGCACAGGAGGCCCCCAGCAGGUUGCGGACUCGGAGGCUGAGAGCAGUGGGCAAUGUGGCUGAAGGUGGGGGGCCUACUUCGGGGGACCGGUGGACAGCUGGGCCAGACUGUUGGUCGGCCUUGUGGGGCCCUGGGGCCUGGGCCCCACCGCUGGUGGCCUUGUGGAGGUUCUUGGGCCCAAAAGUUUUACCAGGAUGGGCCUGGGAGAGGCCUGGGUGAGGAGGACAUUCGCAGGGCACGGGAGGCCCGUCCCAGGAAGACACCCCGGCCCCAGCUGAGUGACCGCUCUCGAGAACGCAAGGUGCCUGCCUCCCGCAUCAGCCGCUUGGCCAACUUUGGGGGACUGGCUGUGGGCUUGGGGCUAGGAGCGCUGGCCGAGAUGGCUAAGAAGUCCAUGCUAGGAGGUCAUCUGCAGUCAGAGGGUGGUUCUGGGCCGUACUCCAGCCCCUUCCUGUCGGAGGCCAAUGCCGAGCGGAUUGUGCAGACCUUAUGUACAGUUCGAGGGGCCGCCCUCAAGGUUGGCCAGAUGCUCAGCAUCCAGGACAACAGCUUCAUCAGCCCUCAGCUGCAGCGCAUCUUUGAGCGGGUCCGCCAGAGCGCCGACUUCAUGCCCCGCUGGCAGAUGCUGAGAGUUCUUGAAGAGGAGCUCGGCAGGGACUGGCAGGCCAAGGUAGCCUCCUUGGAGGAGGUGCCCUUUGCCGCUGCCUCAAUUGGGCAGGUGCACCAGGGCCUGCUGAGGGACGGGACGGAGGUGGCCGUGAAGAUCCAGUACCCCGGCGUAGCCCAAAGCAUUCAGAGCGAUGUCCAGAACCUGCUGGCGGUACUCAAGAUGAGCGCAGCCCUGCCCGCGGGCCUGUUUGCCGAGCAGAGCCUACAGGCCUUGCAGCAGGAGCUGGCUUGGGAGUGUGACUACCGUCGUGAGGCGGCUUGUGCCCAGAAUUUCAGGCAGCUGCUGGCAAAUGACCCCUUCUUCCGGGUGCCAGCCGUGGUUAAGGAGCUGUGCACGACACGGGUGCUGGGCAUGGAGCUGGCUGGAGGGGUCCCUCUGGACCAGUGCCAGGGCCUGAGCCAGGACCUGCGGAACCAGAUUUGCUUCCAGCUCCUGACGCUGUGUCUGCGGGAGCUGUUUGAGUUCCGAUUCAUGCAGACUGACCCCAACUGGGCCAACUUCCUGUAUGACGCCUCCAGCCACCAGGUGACCCUGCUGGACUUUGGUGCAAGCCGGGAGUUUGGGACAGAGUUCACAGACCAUUACAUCGAGGUGGUGAAGGCUGCAGCUGAUGGAGACAGAGACCAUGUCCUGCAGAAGUCCAGGGACCUCAAAUUCCUCACAGGCUUUGAAACCAAGGCAUUCUCCGACGCCCACGUGGAGGCAGUGAUGAUCCUGGGGGAGCCUUUCGCCACCCAGGGCCCUUAUGACUUUGGGUCGGGGGAAACUGCCCGCCGCAUACAGGACCUCAUCCCGGUGCUGCUGCGGCACCGGCUGCGCCCCCCACCCGAGGAGACCUAUGCCCUGCACCGCAAGCUGGCAGGGGCUUUCCUGGCCUGUACCCGCCUCCGAGCCCACAUCGCCUGCAGAGACCUCUUCCAGGACACCUACCACCGCUACUGGGCCAGUCGCCAGCCAGACGCAGCCACUGCCGGCAGCCUCCCCACCAAAGGGGACUCCUGGGCGGAUCCCUCAUGACAGUCUCCAUGGGGGAUUCAGUCCCCAGAGCAGGCCAUACCCUGCUGUAGUGCCUCUUAUCCCUUCCCCGUCUGCCCUGGGUCAGGAGCCCCCUUGGGCUUCCCAGUCUUGCCUGGCUCUCCUCCUUGGCCCAGGAGCUCAGGAUCCCUGGGGCUGGGGAACUCCCAACUUCGUGCCCUAGAUCCUGCACCUCCCCACUCGAAAGUGGGCAUCCGGGAACUCUAAGCCAGGGAAGCGGUUAACUUAUCUUUGCCAACAUUUGAGGGAGCCUUGGGCCCCUGCAUGCCGUUAUGCAGAUCGGACUCAUCGGGGGAGCCCUCACUUCUGUCUCAAGUCUCCCGUGGAAGGUGAGAUGGUCCUGGAGGCAGUCCUCACCUCUGCCUCCCUCGCUCCUCCAACAGCUGCCUUCUCCCGGGUUCCAGCCUCUCAGUAUGUUGGAGAGGUAGGGGUGUGGGGUGGGGGGGAGCUGAAUCUUCAAUCGGAAUAAAAGCAGCCCUCCCCUUC